UUCCCGGGAAAUCUGAGUUUCGCGGGAGGGCUCUUGAGCGCGUAAACCGUAUCCCUUCAUUCAUCAGGCCGUUUCCUGAAGCCAUUUCUAGACGGGGGGAACGAGAGUUGCGCUACUUUUUAAUCCGUUGCAUCUGCCUAAAUGCACCUUCUCAAGGAAAAAUACUUUCCAAAAGUCGAUGAAUCAGACUUUCAUCUUCACUUCUGUGUGAUUAUUUUUGUGACUGGUGCCACGGAUUAGCAGCCAUAAGGGCUUGAAAGUGCGGAGACAAGAAAAGGGGUUACCCCGAGUACGCAAGAUGAGAAGAGGGAUCUCCUCGGCUCCGGACAAAGUGAUUUUAGCGGGGGUCGGGGGCUCUCCUCUGGACAAUAAUAUAAUUUUAACAACUCUAUCGGAUCGUUUAAACCCCGGGCAAUCCAAUGCUACCUUUAUCCAAAUAAUUACCACCCCACCGCCUUGCAACGUUACACAGACAUCAAAUGUGUGUUUAUCUGAACCCCAGAUAAACAACAUUUACACAACUCCACAACAAGCUGCUGCAAACGGAACAGGACAACGACCCAGUGUUGGGAGACCGCCGGCAAAACGACGACUGGCUCUCGAUGAUUCCGACCACCAGUACCAAUCAGAACCAGCCAGAACUCCUCGGGGUAGAGGAGGCGCCGCUGUCACUAAUGGGGCCAGGUUAAAGACCCCGAGAACGCCAAAGUCUCCACCAGAGAAAACGCGGUACGACACCUCCCUGGGCCUGUUAACGAAGAAGUUUGUGGACCUUCUGGCUCAGUCUUCUGAUGGCGUCUUGGACCUCAACCUCGCUGCAGAAACCUUGCAGGUGCAGAAGCGGCGGCUGUAUGACAUCACCAAUGUGCUUGAAGGUAUUCACCUCAUCAAGAAGAAAUCAAAGAACAACAUUCAGUGGAUGGGCUGCAGUCUGCUGGAGGUAGAGGGGGCUCUGAGUCAAAGACAGAGGCUGACGGCAGAAGUUUCUGCACUGGGAGAAGAAGAGCAGAGGCUUGAACAACUCAUCCAGAGAUGCAGCCUGGACAUGAGGCACAUGAGUGACUUGCAAAGCAAUCAGAAAUAUGCAUAUGUAACGUACCAAGACAUCAAGCAGCUGGGAAACCUCCGAGAUCAGACGGUCAUCGUCGUUAAAGCGCCCACAGACACCAAACUUGAAGUACCAGACCCUGAUGAGAGUUUAUCCAUCCACCUGACCAGCACCAAGGGUCCCAUAGACGUCCUGCUGUGCCCAGAUGAGGAGAACGACUGCAGUAGUCCUGUAAAAAACACCAACAUGGACAUCAAUGGGAACUCACCUUUUCUUAAAGUCCUUCAAGAUCCCAGCUGCACAAUCACCUCUCCCAUCUCCUCUUUGGCUCCACCCUCCUCUGCCCCAGCCGUCUCCGUCACAACUCUCUCCCCUCUCUCAUCCCCUUUCACCGGCCUCCUACAACAGACGGAGGACCAGAUAGCUUCAACUCUCGGACCUUUCUUAAACCUUGGGCCUCCUCUUAUGGACCAAGAUGACUACCUUUUAGGUUUGGGAGAUGACCAGGGGAUAAGCGACUUGUUUGAUGCCUGUGACUUUGAUAAGAUGCCCUCUCUUGGCCUGGAUGAUCUCCUGUGCAGCUAGCAUUAGGUAAUUGAACCUUCAGAUUAAGAGCACAGGAGAGACAGAUGGGGAAAGAGUCAGGGUUUUGAUGCCUUUGACCCUAGUUAGUAAAAGCCAAUUCUUAACAAGUGAAAUAAAACAUUGAGGGCUUUGUGAGUCUCAGUGGGACCUAAUGCCAGGUUCUGUCCUGGCGUGAGAGAUAAACGGUUGUGCAUGAUUUCACGCCAGGAUACCGCUGGGCAAUGCUAAGACGCAUUUAAUACUCUUUGUCUCAGGCUAUGUUAGGCCUCUGGUGUAGCUUAGAAUUUGGGGACAACCCAAAGCCUUUGCCGUCUGUGUGGAAAAAUAUGAAUGGGGAGGGGAAGGAUACGAACCUUCAGAUCAACAAAGAACAGCUCGAAGGGAAACCGCCUCACAUCACCUGGCAUUAACACACGGUGGAUUUGGUAAGGUGAAGUGGAAAUGAACCUGAGAUGCACAGAUUAGGUAGCUUGUAGAACACUUCUGAAAAGGGACGAGUUAAACUUUUUAGUGUUCAAAUCUUGAAGGUUUCUCUACGUAUAAUUUAUCUGCAGUCAUUGCAUUUUCUUCCCAGGUGUUCAGAGUCCUUGAAUUUGAGAUGUGUUAAUGCCAGGUGUUGCAGGUGUUGGGAGAUCACAUCCUUACAAACCAACAGGCAGUUUGUGUGUUCAGAUGUAGAUUAAUUUAGAAAUCAAAAUAAAAAAAGAACACGGGGAGGUCUUGGAGCAUUUGUGACUUUAGUUAAAAGUUGAGACCGAAUGCGCCUGUUAAAACACUUGUCAUGUUACUUGUGCUAUUUGGCCCUAUAAUCAAAACACAACUUAUUAUACAAGUUUUUUGUACAUGCACUGUGCAUCAUAGAAGCUCAUAUACAGUUUUGAGUUUCAGUUAACAGGAAACUGAAGUGGAGGCAGGAAAGAAAGUGGGUGUACUCUGAACACUUUUAACAGAACACAGGUGGACACAUGUUUUAAAUGUGCAAGACAUUAAGUUUGCCUUACAGCUAGUAAUGAGUUUGAUCCCAAUACACACAAUUAUUUCUCUCUUGUGCUGUAGCUUUAAAAGAAGACUUAAAUGGGAAACAUAAGAAAGGGACCUUUGCUUAGCUGUUCACUUGAUCAGACUGUUCUCGUCUGAUCAGGUGGCCCAGCUCGUAUUUUGUCUUACGACUUAAAAAAGAAAUGAACAUGAGAAACAUAAAAGUAAAGGUAAAUCCUACAAAACCUAACGGGAUCAGCUCAGAAAGAAAAGCCACCCCCUGGGCCAUAGAGCAAACACACCUGAUAUACCUGAUGUAACACGGCCUCUUCACACCAUGUCCAAGUUUGAAUAUCUUUUCCUACUUGUAGUAUUUCUUCCGUUCUUUGUGAAUUCAGGACCCAUGUUUCCUCUCCCUCGCUGCCCCCCCUCCCUAUCUCCUCAGUCUGCAUCAGCAGAAGCUGCCAUAACGUCCCCCGAUGUCUCCACACUUAGACUGUGUGCUGUGAAAGUAAACUGUGGUUUGAGCUGUCGAGAAAAAAAAAGACGUGUAACCACUGAUGAAUGUACACUGCCGACCCGGUGUGUACUAAAGAUAAGACAAGUGUGUGUUUUUCUUUUUAGGUUAAAUAAAUGUUGAAUUUUAAUGGAUUUUAAAAGUGUAGGACUAAUAUUGCAGCCUCCUAAGCAACAAGGGGCCCCUUGUUGGCGACUAAUUUAAGCUUCAGCAUGUAAUGAAGGGCUUUUUCAUUUUUAGGAUAUUUAUAAAAUAUAAAAAGGGUAAACUUAAAGAAAAAAAGAAAAAAAAGUUGUCAUUGGAGAAAAAUCUGCCGUGUUGCAAACUUUGCCUGGCAACACUGUUAAGAUUUGACUUGGGUAACAGUCUUCAGCGUGUUUGAUCAGGAGAGGAUGUCCAGAACUAAGCUGUAGGGAUGUGAUAUCUUCAUCCAGGUUUUGAAACAUUAUUUCUGUCCACUGCUAAUCGCUUCCUUUGACUGAUUAUAUACCCGUUUGUACCAACACACCAACAUCUUGUCUGAAACCUUUGCUUUUAAACUAGAGACGCCUGCUGCUGCAGGUGAUAUUGCUGCUGUUAAACUUCCCCCUGACCUGAUUGAUGUGCGCUUGAGUAAUUGCGUGUGCAGCAUGUGUGAGAUGUGUUAAAGAUCCAGCUUGCUGAAGAGUAAGCCUGCCAUGUGUAAAUUGAUGUACAGUUUUUCUAAAUUUUUCAGUGCACAAGGUACUGUAGGCUACCUCCCACUAAAUGUUGGACUAUAGUAAUGGGGCGUAAAUGCCACUGUGUGUAUGAGACUUUGAAUUCCCUUUUUGUCCUCAUAGAAAUAUUAAUCUCGUAUGAUUAAAUGUGAUGUUUGGUUUUACAUCGCACUCUCCUGAUGUGUGCAAGAUCCCACUCAUGCCCUGAUAUCACACUGAGUUACCUUCGCUCUGAAGAGUCCCAUCUUAGAUUUGAACAACGGGGUGGACAUUUAUAGAAAGAGAGGCAUACGACCUUAAUGCAAUUGUCUUUUCAAUCUUAUAAGUUAUUUAGCUUUUGUCAGUGUUAUUUUUUUAUUUAGUAAAGGCAGAGUAUAACUAAGACACACAAACGGGACACAUUUGGAGAUGCAUGUGAAAUCAGAGACUGGAGCCCUCUGCUGUAGUAUGUAAGGGCCUUUGCUUCUAUCACAGUUUGUGUCAUGAUUUUUGGGAGUCUCUUCCAACUUUUUGCAUUUCUUCCAACUUCAUAAAGACUGAGCGUAUGGAAACAACAUUUUCAACCUUGCAAAAAUCCAACCCUAGCACAUAAACUGCAAAUCCACCCAUUUAAUUUAUUAUACCUUCUAUCAUAAAUGGAUGAAAUUUGACUGAUGCACAGAAAUGUUGUGAUUCGCCAAACACAGGCAUAUUCGCAUCGUCCUUUAUGUAUUCAUAGAAAGUCCAGCCAAAUCUCUUCCACAUGUGCUUCACUCUUAAAUGUUGUGCCUUUUCUGAGGCCACUUACACAAAACAUUAUAUUUUCUUCCAUCUUGUCUCAAGCAGCCAUAAUCUGAUCAUAAUGUUUUCCUAAAUUUAAACUAAAUUGUGGAUUUAUUGCAUCUCUAAAUUAGUUUAUAGUUGAGUGUAAACAGUUUCUAUAGACCGCUUUUGCUCGCAACUGCAAGUGAAUCGGAAAAUGUCUAAUUGGUAAACAUUCAAACUGUAGCGUAAUAAUUUUUCGAUUAAUUCUGAUGUCUGAUGAGACUUAGCAGGACGUUUUUAGAAACAAUUGCUUUUCCUACUAUCCUAUGCUUAUUUUUGAGCUGUUACCAAAUACAAUAUACUUAUCUGUAAAGGUUGUGUGAAAAGUAAAUAUUUGAUAGGAAGGAAUUGAUCUUAAAAUAUGAUCUUGCUGCCCGUUUCCAGUGAUGACGGAGAAAAAGAGCUGUUGUUACACAUUUCCCUUUCUUUUCUGCAACUUGAAAGCAUGAGUGAAAGUAUCAUUGUGCUGUUGAAUGUUCAAGGUAAACUGAUUUGAUGAAUUUUGAUGUGUGUUAUUCAGUUAUUCAAUUUUCUUUAACAUCUGUUCUACGAGGAAAUUUUUGUUUUGGGGCGGGAGGGAAUAAAUGGAUCUGUUUUUGUACUAUGGUUGUUUGUAAUUGAAAUUUGAAUAAAGUCAAUAUAAAUAUG